AUGCGUAGAGGUCGAAGCAGGUCGGGCGCCACUACGGCGUACGUGGGUGGAGCAGAACGGUCGCCGCCGCCCCCACCACCUCUGCCGGCGUCUGCGGCGACGGCGACGGCGACGGCGACGGCUUCAGAGACCGGAGUGGCCUACGACUUGACCUCGUCCAUCUUAGCCUCGCUCAUCGACUCGGACGAUGUCGUCCCGCCGCUCAAGGCUGUCUUUGAGAACGCGCUUGUUGCUCCCUUCGCCGCCGCCCUCGAUGCCUUUAUCGCUUCGGCAGACGCCCAGGUCCAGGCCGUGUGCGAUGCCCACUUUGCCGCCUUUACCGGCUCACUAGACGAGCUGCUGCGCAUCCGCGACCUCGCCUCGGCCGUCGGCGGCCGCCUUGCCACUGUCGAGGAUGACUUGGACCAGGUCGGCGAGACGCUGCUUGCCGACGCCACCCGCCUUGUCGCCGCCCGCUCCGCACGGCUCAACAUGGAGCACGCCCGCGCCGCACUGAGCGCCGUCCAGGGCGCGCUCCGCCUCGUCGUUGCCCUCGAGCGCAGCGUUUGCUCGGGCGCCUUCUACAACGCGCUCACCACCCUCCAUCAACUCGAGGCCGUCCAUGCCUCGCGCGUCGCUCCCUUCCCCCCUGUCGCCGCCAUCCUUGAUGCGCACGUCCCGCGCCUCAAGGACGCGCUCGCCGCCGCUGCCCUGGCCGUCUUUACCGACUGGCUCGAGGCCCAGUUGGCUCCGCUUGACGACGCCGCUCUCGCCGCUGCCGCGCGCCUCUCGUCCACGGACGCGCUCGCUCCAGUCUACAAGUGCGUGUACAUCUUUGCCCGCCUAGGCCGCGCCGCCCACUUUCGCUCCGUCUACCGCGACAUGCGCUCCAAGCAGUGCGCCGUCGUCCUUGCUCCCUCCGCCUCGCUUGCCUGUCCGCCUGCCCUCCGCGCCUACCUCGCCCGUCUUGCCGCCUUUUUCCUCGUCGAGGACAAGGUCAUGGCCACCACCGCCGGCACUGGCCUCAUCUCCAAGGGCGAGCGCGACGCCGAGUGGGACGCUGCGCUCCCGACCCUCACCUCACUUCUCGAGCGUGCAGUCCGUGCCGCCCGUUCGCGCGCUGAGCUCGCCACCACCGUCACCGAGCUUCGAGCCUUCAUCGCCUUGCUGGAGGGCUCUGCCGGCUACCGCUGCGGCGCGCUUCGCGCUCUCGAUGCCACCUCGCUCUCGCUCUACGUCACCCAUGCUAAGACCGAGCUCAAGACCGAGCUUGACUCCGUCUUUGCAGCCGACACUUGGGACUCGCUGGUCAUUGCCACGCCCGCCGACGCCGCUGCCGUCUUUGUCUCGGCCGACGGAGCGCACUCAGCGCUCCCGGUUCUGGUCGGCGUCAACUCGCCCGACGAGCUCGACCUCCCGAAGACGCUCCCGUUCACGCGCUCGCUUCCUGCGCUUGUCUUGGCGCUCUCGGCGUUUGUGUCCCAACUUCACGCCUUUGGCGCCCAUCUCGACGCCAUCGACGAUGCUCUCACCGCAGGCCUCGACGACGUGCUCAUCAAUGUGGUCGAGCCGGCCUUUGCCGCCGUCGUCGCCACCCCAGCCUCGGUCUUCCAGCUCCUCUCGGUCGCUGUCAAUACCACCGAGUUGGUCAACGUGCUCGACGCGCUUGUCGCGGACAUUGGAUCCCACACAAGGAGCUCGAGCACCCCGCGCGAGCUUGCUGCUCGCCACGCUCUCGCUUCCACCCUCGCUGCCACCGAGGACGCCAUCCACGCCGCCGUCGGCGCCAAGAUCGACAUGAUCCUCUCGCUGGCCGACUACGUCUGGGUUGGCGGUCCGCACCCAACUUCGGACCAGCCCUCCAGCUAUGUUCCGGACCUCAUCGCGUACCUCGAGACCAUGGUAGACUCGGUCGCACGCGUCGGGCGCCAUUUUGCGCUUGCGCUCGAGACGCGAGUCUUCAAGCGCGUCGCUGCCGACCUGCUUGGCGGGCUCAUCGGCUCGCAGGCAACCUCGUUUGACGCCGCUCUCCUGGCCACCAUGGCCGUCGAUGUCGCCGCUCUGCAGGCCUACCUCGGCGACUCGCCGCUCGCCUACUGCCUCGCCCCGCUCCAACAGAUCCUCGACGUUGUCCUUGUCGAACCGCCAAGCGCCAUGCUCGCCCUUGCCGACCAGCCGCUCGGUGUUCCGGGCUCCCGCUACGACCAGCUCGACGCUACCAUGCUUGUCACCGUCCUCUCGCGCUUUGUCGACCCACCCUCUGCGGCGGCGGCCGCCCCUCCUUCCUCUUCGCGCCUCGCCAUCUUCAAGUCCAAGUCCAAGGCCAAGGCCAAGGCCCGAUCGCCGCGUGCCGCCGCCGCUGACGCCCUCUGCAAGGCGCUUCGCAAGCGGUUGAAAGCCUCGCGCACAAAGUAA